AUGAGCGAUCCAUCUUCAUCACCAGCACCACAAGGACCAGAUGGCUUGGAAAUCAUGUCAGAAUCUAUCUCUCUCGCUUGCAUUUCUAUUAUGGCGGUGGCAUUGGGCUCGAAAACAAAAACAGAACACUUUAAUACCAUCACUUAUGGUCGUAUACUUGUACUCGCCUUGUAUCUCUUUUCAUGGACAUUUUCUGCAAUCUCCAUCGUCGUUGUUUCUACCAAUAACAAUAACAUUGUUUCAUGCACGCUUGGCAUCAUCAUAUGCGUCAUCUUUUAUGCUGCAACAAAGAUUGUAAUGUACUCAUGGCUUAUUGAACGCGUGCAUUUGGUAUCCGAUGUACGUGGCUCUCGUUUUUCGUCAUGGCAAUACCGCUUUCAUCUUUGUCUUUUAUGCCCCUACAUUGGCAUCUUUGUGCUGAUGGUUACUUUUCGCAAUAAUUUGAUCCUUGAAGAUGGUACUUGUAUUAUCGGUCUUCAAAGCAUUUCAAGCAUUCCUUUGAUGUUGUUGAAUCUCUACCUCACUUUUUUAUUUGUCAAGCCUCUUAUUACUUCUGGGAUCGGUCAUCAUGGGGGACACCAUAAUUGGCGGUCCACUCGUCUUUACAAGCUCACGCGGCGUACUGUGGUGGCAUCGGUUGUUUGUCUUUUUGUCUCACUUGCCAAUAUCUUGACGCUUGCCAUAGCUCAGGGGCAUGAACGUGGCUUGAUGUGCUUGUCCAUGUGCACAGCUGAUGUAACCAUCAAUGUCAUUACCGUGCAUUGGGUUACAUCCCCUCAUAUCAAAAUGUCUGUGCGGAACGCAACCACGUUGGGAAGUAAUAACAACGACUACAAUAGCAGCAGCAGCCAGCAACAAAGCCCAACCACAGUCGCAGCAGCAGCGGCAGGCGUCAAUGGUAGUCUUUAUCAAGUCAACAAACACUUGUAUGAUACUAUGCUAGAGCCAUCAACACACCAUCACCAAGAUCCAAUGACAGAUACCGAAAGCAUGCAUUCGAUUCAAGUAUCUCAAACCAGCAGUGUUAAGCCCUUACAGCAGGAUGCCGCCUAG